GUAACCGAGAUCCAAACAUCAGGUCAAAUUGGGUCAACAAGCACAAAGACGACGAUGAGGUCUAUAGUUAAAAUAUCGCUUAUAUUUUUGUUUUCUUUUAAUUUUAUUGUUAGUUGUUAUGCAGAAGAAGAAGAUAAAGGUCCUGUUAUCCCGCCAUCAAAAUGUGAAGUUUGCAAAUAUUUGGCCACAGAACUUAAAGACAGACUAGAAGAGACAGGAAAGACUAAAGAAGUUCUGCAAAUUGGCCAUGGACUUGAUCCUGACAAGAAAAAGAAAAUUAAAUACAACACAGCAGAACUAAGACUUAUAGAAGCAUUGCAAGACCCUCACAUAUGUGAUAAAAUUCUCCAGUACAAUAUACACAAGGAGAGAGAAGGCAGCUUGCGAUUUGCCAAGGGUCAGAGUGAAACAUUCCAAACAUUACAUAACCUUGUCAACAAGGGGGUUAAAGUUGUGAUGGAUGUACCAUAUGAACUCUGGAAUGAAACGUCUGCUGAGGUGGCAGAGUUACAUAGACAAUGUUUUACUGUGGUUGAAAGAUAUGAGGAGACAAUAGAAGACUGGUAUUUUGAACAUCAAGAUCAAGAUAUUAUAGAUUAUCUUUGUAGAAAACAUGUCCUCAAAAAUGAAGACCAAUCAUGUCUAGACGAGGUUUAUGUACCUAAAGGUGAUACAGAGGAAAAAGAGGAAGACACCGAAAAGAAACAAUCUGCAAAAAAGAAAUCAAAGAAAAAGAAAGAUAAAAGUAAAGUGAAAGGUGAAACAGAAGAACACACAGAAUUAUGAUCUUGGCUACAGUAGAUGCACAGUUCUUAUUUAAAUGAUGUAAAGGAUACAAAGCAAGGAGAAGUGGGGGAGGGUGUUUUUUUUUUCUUUAUAUUAAUUUGCUGUUGUCAGAAUUUGAAAUUCUCUUAAUAGAAUCUUGUUUGCCAUAGGUAUUAUUAAAUCCAAAGUUUAUUUGAUUUUGUCUAUUUGAGACAGUUUCUUGUAUAUUUUGUAUAUGUAAUUAUAAAUACCCACCGAUUUUUAUAUGCCUAUUUUGGAAAAUCUUGUAUAUUAUGUGAUGGAGAAUGUGCCUAUCUGCUUGUCUGUCCAUCUGUCUGUCAUAUUUGGCCCUCAAAUUUGGUGUUGGACCACAACUUAAUAAAUAUUAAAGGAACUGACAAUAAACGUGGCAUAUAGGUAGGUGGUGCUAUACAGAACGCCGGAAGGUUGGUAGAUCAAAGAUCAAGGUGACAAAUGGAGCUCAAAGGUCAAAUUUUUUCUUUGUAUUUCGUAACAGGAGCAUAAAUUAAUAACUAUUCAAGGUAUUAAUAUAUGGCAGUCAGACGACAUACAGGGUGCAUGAAUUAGGUCAGACGGUCAAAGGUCAAGGUCACAGCAAGGUCAAAUCUGUCUGUCAUAUUUUGUGCCCAGAGCAUAACUUGAUAACUAUUCAAGAUGUACACUGCGAACUUGGCAUAUAGGUAGAUGGUGCUGAGAUGAUGUACAUAGUGCAUGAACUUGGGCUGUAAGUCACAAAUUGAGUUCAGAUCUGUCCUUUGUGUUUUGUGUAAAGAGCACGACUUCAAAACAGGUAAAGGUAUUGACUUUAUACUUGGAAAUCUUACAAAGUAUAGUAUGAUGUCAUGUUUUUAGCCCACCAUUCAAAUCACUCUGCAUCCGUGGUCUUUCGUCCUUCCGUCCGUUAACAAUUUCUCGUUAUCGCAUCUCCUCAGAAACUUAACUGGGGGGAUUUUGACAAAACUUUGUCAGAAUGAUGUAUUGGUACCCUAGUUGUGUCCCCCUGAAAAUCAGACUGGUUCAACGCUUUUUGAGUGAGUUAUGGCCCUUUCUUUAUUUUUAUAAUUUACAUAGAUUUAUAUAGGGAAAAACUUUGAAAAUCUUCUUGUCCAAAACCACAGAGCCUAGGGCUAUGAUAUUUGGUAUGUAGCAUCGUCUAGUGGUCUUCUACCAAGAUUAUUCAAAUUAUUUCUCUUGGUUCAAAUAUGGCCCCGCCCCGGGGGUCACAUGGUUUAUAUAGACUUAUAUAGAGAAAAACUGAAAAAUCUCUUGUCCAAAGCCACUGGGCCUAGGGUUUUGAUAUUUUGUAUGUGACAUCAUCUAGUGGUCUUCUACUAAGAUUGUUCAAAUUAUUCCCCUAGGGUCAAAUAUGGCCCCACCCAGGGGGUCACAUGGUUCAUAUAGACUUAUAUAGGGAACAGCUUUUAAAAUCUUCUUGUCAAUAACCUACAACAUUAAAAUUUGGACCACAUGUAUAGUUUUGAGUGGCAAGAUGAACCUUGACAUGAGUUGACCUUGAUUUUGACCUAGUGACCUACUUCCACAUUUCUCAAGCUACAGUCUUCAAAUUUGAAGCACAUGCAUAGUUUUGUACACCGAAAUGAACUUUGACCUAGAUAUUGAUCUAGUGACCUCCUUUCACAUUUCUCAAGCUACAGCUUUCAAAUUUGGACCACAUGCAUAGACCACAUGCACAGUGUUGUGUACCGAAAUGAAAUUUGACCUUGAUUUUGACCUUGAGCUAGUCUUGAAAUUUGGAACAUUAAAAAAUGGCUCAAUGGUGGGUGCCAAGAUCACUGUGAUCUCUUGUUUAUCACGUCUUGUUGUUAUAGAGGGAACUUUCCUAAUUUCUGCUUCUCUUACCAUGAAUUAAAGCCACAUACAUUCCAAGAACUGGUUCAAAGACCAGUUUUAAAUCUGUAUAAUGGAUUUCAAAAGCUAUUGUCAAAAGGUAAAAAGCUACAACCUCCAUAUAAAAACCCUCGUAGCCAUUCAGUUGCAAUUUAAAAUUGAUACUUAAAUGUGUCCAGAAAUCUUAAGAUGCUUUCAUUCCAUUGGUGCUAUUUUCUGUAUGAAAAAUAUUCAUGGAAACAGUUUAUCUCGUUUUACAGUUUGAAUCUGUCAUACAGAUUAUAGUGGGUAUUUGAUUGUCAGUAUAUUUAGUAAUUUGCAUGUUGUUGUUUUUUAAUUGAUUGGUGCACUGUGAAAUCAUUAUUAUUGAUGGAGUUGGGGACUGGUUUGUGCAAAUCACUGAAACUAAACACGUUUAUCCCAGUGCUAGUAUAAAGUCCCUAUUCUUUUCAAUCCAUAAAAUGUACAGAGCUCAAAUUAAUUUUGUAUCAAAAUCGCAGGUUUGAGCAAAACCACAAAAUCAAAUGAUUUCACUGUACAUGAUAUUUAUAUGUUGUAUUAUUUUUGUAAAAAAAUAUUACUAUAUUGUAGAAGUAGUUAAACUAUAGUUGUUUUUGAUAUGAAGAUUUUUAUCUAUGUGUAAUACAAAAUUUGUUUUCAUCUAAAAAUUAUUAAUAUAAUUAUGGUGUUUGGUUGUCAGAGCUGUUCAACAUACUAUUAUUUUCUUUGAUCUUUCUAAAAAGAAAUCUCUGAUGAAGAUAUUAUGUAAAAUCAGUGUUGCUUGUUGGUGUUACGGUCAUAUCAUACAGGUCACUUGUUGUCUUUAGCACUAUUUUGGGCAUCUAGAAUUUCCGUUUGUGCCAUGUUUGUUUCUGUUUUUGUUGUCCAUUGUACUGUAAACACAUUUAUUCAUGUUAAAAUGCAAGAAGUCAUUCUGUUUCAUAAUGUGUCAUAGUUAGUUUCUUACACUUAGGACAGAGGGUAUGAAAUACAACCUUCAUCAAGAAAGAGAGUGUGCAUUGUUUCCGACCUCUGUUUCUUAACACUAAAGACAUCACGUUAUAGCCUAUACUUUUUCUAUGCAGUUAUUAAUAGGUUAGCCUCCUAACCCUUAGCCUGCUAAAUUUCUAUAAUGAACUUGUCCAUCUUUGAAUUUGGACAGCACCACUAACUGUUAAAAGGGGUGCUUACCAAAAAGAUACUGACUGAAUAGCAUGGAUGUGCAGGCUGAUCAUGAUCUACACUGUUUGCAAAGACAGAACCAAUCGUGUCCAGCAUGCUAAGGAUUAAUAAUGUUCUUCAUAGUGAAGAUGUUGACAUGUGCAUGUUGCACAUUCUACAUAAAUAAUUUAUGUAUAUCGGACAAUUUUAAAAUGUUGGAUAGAUACAGUAUAUUAGUAUGGCAAAAGUUGUAGAUGUUUCAUUUUGUAGCAUUUCCAGGUUGAAAAAAAAGUAUUAUUUAAUUGACAAGAUGUUGCAGUAUGUGCUUUUGCUUGUUAGAUCACCUGUCACAUAGUGACAAGGUGAGCUUUUGUGAUCGCGCAGCGUCCGUCGUCCGUCCGUGCGUGCGUAAACUUUUGCUUGUGACCACUCUAGAGGUUACAUUUUUCAUGGGAUCUUUAUGAAAGUUGGUCAGAAUGUUCACCUUGAUGAUAUCUAGGUCAAGUUCGAAACUGGGUCACGUGCAAUAAAAAACUAGGUCAGUAGGUCUGAAAAUAGAAAAACCUUGUGACCUCUCUAGAGGUCAUAUUUUUCAAUGGAUCAUCAUGAAAAUUGGAAAGAAUGUUCACCUUGAUGAUAUCUAGGUCAAGUUCGAAACUGGGUCACGUCCGGUCCAAAACUAGGUCAGUAGGUCAAAUAAUAGAAAAACCUUGUGACCUCUCUAGAGGUCAUAUUUUUCAUGGGAUCUGCAUGAAAAUUGGUCAGAUUGUUCACCUUGAUGAUAUCUAGGUCAGGUUCGAAACUGGGUCAACUGCGGUCAUAAACUAGGUCAGUAGGUCAAAUAAUAGAAAAUCCUUGUGACCUCUCUAGAGGUCAUAUUUUUCAUGGGAUCUGCAUGAAAAAUAGUCAGAAUGUUCAUCUUGAUGAUAUCUAGGUCAAGCUUGAAACUGGGUCACGUCCAGUCCAAAACUAGGUCAGUAGGUCAAAUAAUAGAAUAUCCUUGUGACCUCUGUAGAGGCCGUAUUUUUCAUGGGAUCUGCAUGAAAAUUGAUCAGAAUGUUCAUCUUGAUGAUAUCUAGGUCAAGUUCGAAACUUGGUCAACUGCGGUCAAAACUAGGUCAGUAGGUCAAAUAAUAGAAAAUCCUUGUGACCUCUCUAGAGGUAAUAUUUUUCAUGGGAUCUGCAUGAAAAUUGGUCAGAAUGUUCAUCUUGAUGAUAUCUAGGUCAAGUUCGAAACUGGGUCACGUCCGCUCCAAAACUAGGUCAGUAGGUCAAAUAAUAGAAAAACCUUGUGACCUCUCUAGAGGUCAUAUUUUUCAUGGGAUCUGCAUGAAAAUUGGUCAGAAUGUUCAUCUUGAUAAUAUCUAGGUCAAGUUUGAAACUGGGUCACAUGAGGUCAUAAACUAGGUCAGUAGGUCAAAUAAUAAAAAAACCUUGUGACCACUCUAUAGGCCAUAUUUUUCAUGGGAUCUGUAUGAAAGUUGGUCUGAAUGUUCAUCUUGAUGAUAUCUAGGUCAAGUUUGAAACCGGGUCAACUGCGGUCAAAAACUAGGUCACUAGGUCUAAACAUAGAAAAACCUUUUGACCUUUUUAGAGGCCAUAUUUUUCAACGGAUCUUCAUGGAAAUUGGUGAGAACGUUCACCUUGAUGAUAUCUAGGUCAAGGUCGAAACUGGGUCACGUGCGGUCAAAAACUAGGUCAGUAGGUUUAAAAAUAGAAAAACCUUGUGACCUCUCUGGAGGCCAUAUUUUUCAUGAGGUCUUCAUGAAAAUUGGUGAGAAUGUUCACCUUGAUGAUAUCUAGGUCAAGUACAAAACUGGGUCACAUGCCUUUAAAAACUAGGUCAUUAUGUAAAAUAAUAGCAAAACCUUGUGACCUCUCUAUAGGCCAUAUUUUUCGAUGGAUCUUCAUAAAAAUUGGUCAGAAUUUUUAUCUUGAUAAUAUCUAGGUCAAGUUCAGAACUAGGUCACAUGAGCUCAAAAACUAGGUCACUAUGUCAAAUAAUAGAAAAAAUGACGUCAUACUCAGUUCAUGUGGGGACAGGUGAGCGAUUCAGGACCAUCAUGGUCCUCUUGUUUUUACUUAACCUUUAGCCUGCUGGCAGCAAGUGAUUCUGCCUUUGCGGCCAGUGCAGACCAAGAUCAGCCAGCACAUCCGUGCAGUGGUGUCAGUAAAUUUUCAGUGAAUACCCUUUGAGUAAUAAAUGGUAUUGCCCAAAUUGAAUGAUGGACUAGUCCAUUUUAGAAAUUUAGCAGGGUAAAGAUUUAACUUAAUUGAUUUUGAUUGUCACUAGAUCAUCAACUUAAAACUGUAUUGCACAUAUAUAUAUGAAGUAAAUGCAAAAGAACAUGCCACUUGUUCCUUUGACUACUCGGAAUGUUCUGCAGAUGCUGCAAGUCGAUCGAGUUAAACAGAAUAGUGUUCUGGAAUGUUUGGAAGGUAUGCAGAUUGUUCUUAAUAAAAUUAAGUGCAGACAGAACAGUCACAUGGUAAAUAUUUGAGACAAUGGAAAAGCAGGUCUUGUUCCUAGGUUAUCUCAAUAGGGCUGGGUACCAGAGCAGAACAGAAUACUAUUUCAUUCCUUUGACAAUAAGAAGACUGCUGCUUGCUGCUAAUUCUGAGAAUGUUGUUGACAGAAGUUGGCCUACCCAUUUAACUCGAUGGGGAAAGGCUUAUGUUUUCUUUGAUUAUUUGAUUAAAGACUUUGUGUCUGAAGUCAUUUCACCCUCUACCUUUGAUUUAUGUGGUGAAGUUGUCAGUUACUUGCAGGGAACACAGAAGUACUGAUACAAAAUCAAUGUUAUGUUAACUUACUGCCAUUAUAGAACUGAAAUACUGUUGAAAAACAGUGCUUAACCCCAAACAAACAGUUGUAAGCCAAAAGAAUAUUUCUUUAGCUGGACUUCUUUCGUUUUCUAUUGUUAUGUAUCAUUAUUCUCAUUUUGAUUUUUUCCCCUUUCAGUAUGAUAUUUACAGCAUACACUGACCAUUUAUUUGUAUGUUAUGUAUAAAUGUUAUUUUAAAUGGUUAUAAAAGAUCUCUGUUAAAAGCUUUUGAAUUCAUUUUCUUUGAAGUUAAGAGUGUAUUUUGACAAUCACAAAGCAGCUAACAUUAAAUUUAGCAUACCGUAAAACAAAAUUAAAGAGAUUGAUUUUGUAAGGAAAGAAGGUUAAGAAUGUGUAAAACAAAGAAAUUGAUAAAUCCGUUACUGUGGAUAUGAUUGAAACUUCAAAAAUUUAUAGGUGUAUUGUAUUUCUUAAAUUUUAUGUGUUUUUAUUUUAAUAAAAUUCUUGUGAAAGAAACCUA